AUGGUCUCCGACUCCCAAGAAACGGAUUCGGAAUGGGACUUUGUUCAGGCGCUGGACCUGCUGCUAUCACCAAGUGGUGGGCGCUCUUACCUCAAACCCCUCCGACACCCAGUUUCUGCGCCGUCUAAUGAACGACGGACUGGAGAUCGUGUCAGCAGCUCGACCACGACCGAGCCUCACCCGGGUCAUGAUAGCUACGAUGAUGGAUCUGUUUUCAAACUACUCCAUUCUGAUCUCGGCAACUGGGCCUCAACCUCUGAAAAGAAUAAAGGAGUCGGUUUGUCAGUGUCAUCAAAGCGUCUCCCAGAUGUCCCCAAUUCCCAACAGUCCCCUAAGGGUGGCUUCUCGUCGCAAGCCCCUCAGACAGGGCCACCUCAAUCCUGUUACAAGUCCCCUCCUAUCACAGUGCCGCCAAUAGCUGAAGUUACCAAGGCCACUGUCAUGGGUAUCUCUACACACCCGCCUUCGUCUCAUAUCACUAUUCUCAGACGGCCAUCAAAGGGUACGGAUGACCAUAUCUCUGUCAAUCCACAGCCCCAACCUCCUGUGCGCACAAUUCCAGAUACCAGUCAUUCGAAAGCUAUGCCCAGGGCCAAGCCCAAGCCGAACAAGAAACAUAAACAAGCCCCCAAGAACAAUACUUCUGAAAGCAGUGCCGAAGCCGAGUCAGAUUUAAGUCCCGUGUUAUUCGACCGCCCCCUCCCCAAGAAGUCGGGGGUGCUGUUUGUUCCGUCGCAAGUCGGCUCGCAUGAUGUACGGAAUAGCAUUGAAGAUACCCCGCCCUCUUCAUACGAUGAUGCCGUCGAAUAUUUGAGUUCGGACAAGACCAAGAGCAUCGGCUCUUUCACUGGUCCCGUGCGUCUUUACCCGAAGUACACGGAUGAGUUGGAGCGACGUGUGUCUCUUAUGUCAAAGCUUUUAAAUACGUUUGACGAUUAUGUCCAACUUGUCUCUCAAUUGGGACGCCCUCAAGUCUCCAGCAACAAUCUGGAGUCACGCCCUGUUCAUGUCUUUGUUGAUAUGUCCAACAUUUUGGUGGGAUUUCAUGAUGCAGUUAAAAUUGCACGAAAUAUCCCCACCACCAGUCGGGUCCGCCGCCUGGACAUCUCUUUCAUCAACUUGUCUCUAAUCAUGCAACGUGGCCGCACUACCGCCAAGACAGUCUUGGUUGGUUCGGACCGUCUACCAUCCAUCGAUGAAGCCGAGAAACUUGGCUAUGAAGCAAAUAUUUUAGACCGUGUUCACAAGAUGAAGCACACCCCCUCUCGUCUUUCGAAAUUUCGCAAGCCACCCGGCAAAGGAUCUCAGUUUGGUAAGCCCGAAAUGGCCGGUACCUCUGCAGAACGCUGGGUCGAGCAAGGUGUGGACGAAAUUCUACACAUGAAGAUUCUCGAAAGCCUGGUUGAUACGGAUGAACCCGCAACUAUUGUGCUGGCGACUGGAGAUGCAGCGGAAGCUGAGUAUUCUGCUGGGUUCAUGCGCAUGGUGGAGCGGGCGCUGCAGCGCGGCUGGAACGUCGAACUGGUCAGCUUCUCGCACAUCAUGAGCCAUGCAUACAGUAGGAAGGAGUUCCGUGAGAGGUGGGGUAAGCAAUUCAAGAUCAUCGAAUUGGAUCAAUAUGCAGAAGAACUUUUUGGGUAA